AUGGUGGACGUUGAGAAGAUGUCGGACGCCGAGUUGCGUGCCGAGCUCAAUGUGCGCGGAGCGAAUGUUGGGCCAGUCACUGGAACAACUCGUUCGUUGUACGAAAAGAAACUGAAAAAGUUGCUUGCGGCAGGAGGAAAGACUCCAGCUCGUCCGACGCCAUCUGCCGCUUCAAAACCUGCUCCCAAACCAACUCCAAAGCCCAUUGCAGUACCAAAGUCACCAGCUAGAAAUGCUGAAAAAUCUCCUAACACCUCGCGUCGUUCGGUGGGUCGUCCUGCUGCCAACAGCACCAUAAACUCCACGUUCAAUCGAUCGGAAGCCGAAGAAAUGAGCGAUUCCGAUGAAGAUGGAGAACAAGACGAGAUUCUCUCUCCAAAAAGUCAAGCUUCAUUCCGUAGCGCCAACACUACAUCCACUAGUGUCGGAAGAGGUCGUCCGGUCUCCUCAACUCCAACAAAGAGGUUGUCGCCAGUGAUCAGCAAGCCAUCAAUCCCAUCAUCGGCUAGAACAUCCACUACUAAAACUACCAUCAAUACUACGACUCGCAUUCCAACUACUCCCAAGAAUAUCCACGUGCCUGUUCCAGGCUUGAUCACUGAUUUCACUCCGAGCUUCGCUACUUUCGGAAGCGAUCGUCCUGGAGCUACGCCACCGAGAAGAUCUAUUUACACUUCUAAAGUCUCAAAGACGCUCCAUGAUUUGGGAAAUACCACAGGGGAAGAAGAUGAGGACGAUUAUGAAGGCCAGGAGGCCAGCAGAAUCAUCUACAAGAGUGAGGAGCCUCCGAAGGGAAUAGUGAAGAACGCAUGGAACAAGGUUCUGGGUUAUGGAUUCAAUGCUUCCAAAAUCCCAGGAGAUAGCUAUGAUCUUCGUGCAGGAUCAUCGCGAAUCCGUGUUCAGAAGAAUCCACGGACCGGCAAAGUGACUGUGAAGCAGUCGAACGUCUUCAACGAUGCUAUUUACGUCGCAUUGUAUGCGCUUGUCAUACUGUUCGUCGUUCUCGUCGUUGCCUACGCACUAACCACUCACCAGCCAAAGACUGCGGAUUUUGCUGGAUAUUGGGGAGUAUUCAAAGCUGCUGGGAGAGAUACACUCAACUUUUUCUAUAACUACGCCAUUCUCCCAAUCGUUUCGCUUGGACUAUUGAUUGUCAUUGGAGCUGGAAUCUAUCUCGGUCAUCGUAAAUACAAAGAAGCAAAGGAGCUUGAAGAAACAAAGCUCUACGAGCUCAUCGAUCGUAUCACCGAGCUCAUCAAAGAAUCGUCUGCUGAUGGGGAUCCGUACGUAUCUCAGCCACAUGUUCGCGACGUCAUGUUCCCUCCAUCGAAGAGACGCUCCGCUGAAAUGAACCGCUGGGAGCAAGCCGUCAAGUUCAUCGACACCAACGAGUCGCGCGUCGCCACCGAUGUCAUCGUUCUCCCAUCUGGAAACGAGUGUGCCGUCUGGAAAUGGAUUGGAAAUCAGUCGACUCAUAAGAGAUGGUAG